UCGGGUCCAGGGUGUCCUGAGGACAGCUUGUUGUGUCUUUCCGGAUCCACAAUAGACCAGAACCCUACAACACUGUGAGUCUCACACUGCACUGACUAGACAUGGAUUACUCUAUUCGCACAACCAACGUGGAGGACUGCAAGGAUAUCUCGCGGAUGAUCAUGGAAUUGGCUGAAUAUGAGAAAGUCACAGAUCAUGUGAAAGUGACACAAAAAGACUUGGAGCAAGACGGCUUCUCCAAGAACCCGUUCUUCCAUGGGAUCAUCGCUGAGGUUCCUGAACAGCACAGAACCAAAGAUGGCCAUACGAAGAUAGGAUAUGCACUUUACUUCUUUUCCUAUAGCUCGUGGAAGGGCAGAGCUGUGUACAUGGAGGACUUAUACGUGAUGCCAGAGUUCAGAGGGAAGGGCAUUGGUAAAGCACUCAUGAGCAAAGUAGCACAGUUGGGAAUGGCUGCCGGCUGUACACAGUUCAACUUCACCGUUCUCGACUGGAACAAAUCAUCUCUGGACUUUUACCUUAGUCAGGGCUGCACCAACGUCACAGCUGAUAUGGGCUACCAAUAUAUGAGCUGCAAUGGAGAAGCUCUGGAGCGCCUGGCCCAACCCUAACCCAACAGCGGGCUCAUGACCUCUUGACUUUUGCAAUCAUGAGGUCGACUCACACAAUGCAAAACUCAGAGGCCCUGUUCCAAAACUUGACAAUCACAGUUGUGCUUAUUUCUCAAAACGCUAAUAUAAUGUAUAAUAAUAUAAUGUGACCAUUUGCUAAGCCCCACCCACCAUACUUACAAGCUUUCCAUUCUUGAAACGGAGCAGUUUACAGUGAUGAUGGUGGCAGAUUUACUGCUCAAAUUAUCAAAUCAAAUCAAAUCAAAGGGGUUUUAUUUCACACAGCAGUAAACAAAAGCAGGUUUCUCAUUUCUAGUUAGCUAACAUUAUUUUAUUGGUUAGUUGGCUAUGACAUUUCCAAAUUUUGCUUGAAAACAAGAACGCAGUAAAAUGCAUAUGAUGGCUACAUACAUGAUAUAAUGCUAAAAAUGGAGAAAAAAAACUAGCAGUCUAGCAUCAUCUGGAGUUAAUGAUGAAAGUUGUAGACAUGUAAAUAAACAGUAUUUUUUGUCUUACAGUGUAGAACUUGUUAGAAAAGUUUGUGUGAAUAAAAAAUGUAACAAGUUAUUUGUUCUAGCGUAACCAUGUUUGGAUAUUUACUAUAGAAAAGACAUGCAAGAACAAGCAGAGGUUGGAUAUAUGAUUUAUCUAGUUUAUCAGAUUUUCAGAACCAUAAUUAAAAAGUGAAUCAAAUAUGACUGAAUUGAAAAAGAGUACAAACAUAAGAAAAUAAAAUUAUGCUUGUUAAAGGUAAAAAGCACUGGUACUAUGCAAUUGCUUUUGACCUGCAGGGGUUGCGCUAACACUACAUGUCCAUGUCUCUUCAAUCCAAAUGUUUUUUGUGCUCAGUAUAUAUGGUAAAAUAAGGAUUUACAAAAUAUAUACAUACUAUCUAUAUAUACACAAUAAAAUUGAAAAAAAAACCUUUA